GCUGCCCCCGGCCCGGCCCCGGCCCCGGCCCCGGCCCGCGCCCUCGUCUCGGCCCGGAGCCGGCGGCGCGCGAGCGGCGGCGAUGAACCCGGUGAACGCCACUGCUCUCUACGUUUCCGCGAGCCGCCUGGUGCUCAACUACGACCCCGGGGACCCGCAGUCCUUCUCCGAGAUUAACAAGCUCCUGCCCUACUUCAGGCAGUCCCUCUCCUGCUGCGUUUGCGGAAAUUUGCUACAAGACCCUAUUGCUCCCACAAACUCCACAUGUCAGCAUUAUGUCUGCAAACCUUGUAAAGGCAAGAAGAUGAUGAUGAAACCGUCAUGUAGCUGGUGCAAGGACUAUGAACAGUUUGAGGAGAAUAAGCAGCUAAGCAUUUUAGUGAACUGCUAUAAGAAACUCUGUGAAUACAUAACGCAAACUCCACUGGCACGAGAUAUUAUCCAAGCAGUUGAUUGUUCUGCAGAUCUUUUGGCUUUGCUCAAAGAUGGAUCACCACUCCACGAAGAGACGGAAAAAUCUUCCGAUACAGCCUUGGCUUUGUGUUUGACACAUUCCCCAGUACCUUCCACCUCAGAACUUACAAACGAUCCUCCAGCUAGUUUUACGUCAGUACCUGAAAGCACACACAACGUUGAUGUUAGAGGUUCUGUUAUCAAUGGGUUGCCCAAUUGUAAUGGGCUUUCAGGAGAUAAACUUGGAGUGAAUAUCCCUUCUCCUGAACACGCGAACACGAUCGAUGUAUGUAGUACUGGAGAGUAUAUAAAAAAUGAAGAUAUCUCUAGCAGCCUGCAGCCUGUGUGUGAUACCGUUUCUACUAGUGACUUGUGUACGACAGGCAUUGACAUCUGCAGCUUCAGUGAAGACAUAAAACCAGGUGGAUCUCUUCUCCUUAGUGUUGAGGAAGUUCUACGGAGCUUAGAGACCGUUUCAAAUACUGAAGUCUGUGGUUCUAAUUUGCAGCCCAGCUUGGAGACAAACAUGACUAACGGCCCUUUCCUGCAACUUUCUCCCCCACCCCUUAGCCAUAACAUUUUCAUGUCCUCAGAUGCUUCUCCUCAUGGAAUCUCGUGUACAGCAGCAACGCCUAAGGUGGUUAAGUUAAACAGAAAGCGAUCUCGAUCGGAAAGCGACAGCGAAAAGGUUCAACCUCUGCCCAUUUCCAGCAUCAUCUGUGGCCCAACGUUGGGAGCAUCAGCUCCUGUAACAGUGAAACAGGAAAACAAAAUGUCUUUGCAGCCUAUUGCAACUGUACCUAAUGGAGGCACUACUCCCAAAAUAAGUAAAACUGUGCUCCUGUCUAACAAAAGCAUGAAAAAGAAUUUAGAACAUGCCCCUAAGAAAUCUCACCCAAAAGCCAAACCAGGAGUGCUGAAAACAAAAGACAAAGCAAAGGAGAAAGUUCCUAGCAGUAACGUUAUGCCAGGAAGCCCAACAAAAACUGUGUAUAAAAAGCCACAAGAAAAGAAAGGGUGUAAAUGUGGUCGUGCCACCCAAAAUCCAAGUGUUCUUACAUGCCGUGGCCAACGCUGCCCUUGCUACUCUAACCGCAAAGCCUGCCUUGACUGCAUAUGCCGUGGCUGCCAAAACUCCUAUAUGGCUAACGGGGAGAAGAAGCUGGAGGCAUUUGCAGUGCCAGAAAAGGCCUUGGAGCAGACUAGGCUUACUUUGGGCAUUAAUGUGACAAGCAUUGCGGUGCGCAAUGCCAGCACAAGCACCAGUGUAAUCAAUGUGACAGGGUCACCAGUAACGACGUUUUUAGCUGCCAGUACACACGAUGAUAAAAGCUUGGAUGAAGCUAUAGACAUGAGAUAUGACUGUUGAAUCUUUCUUUCUUUUCCCUGCCAUCAGUAGGGGAACUGCGACAGUUUUAAGGCAGCUAUGGUUCUGUUUAACUUGCUGGAGCUCCUGCGUUUAGAUCACUUGUAUCAAGUGUUUUUCAUUGCUAUGUUAUGUGUAUUAGUGUCUGGGAAAUAGUUGCAGAUAAUGGAGGAGUUACCCUAAAACUGUUUUUUAGUUCUUACAGCACCUCAUAGUUUGAGAUGAAUUGCUGAUGUAAAUGAUUUUAUCACAAGAUCUUUGGCAAGGAAUAUAUUAACCUCAUUGUACUCGGUCAUGCUUUGUGCUCAGUCAAAGCUUCCGCGUAAAUGUAGCGAAGUGGUAUCUAGUUAGUCCAUUUCAACUGUGCUAGAUUAUGAUGUAGAAAAGUAAUUAUCAGUCAGUUACAGACACUAUUGCUAGAAAAUCACCUAGUGUUCCUGUAGGAAAUGCAGCUUUAAGCUGGGAAAACCAGUCUGAAAAGGCCCUUGGAUAACUUUUGAUUGUGAGAAUUGGCAAUGGAGCAGUUUAAAAAUGAAAAGAUUGGGAAUAUAGUGAGAAAGCUAAUAGCCCCAAGAGCAGUCAGUCUCCAAACAAGGGUCAGUAAGAUCAGUUGCUUACAUGUGAAGGUUAAACUGCUGACUCCAGUGUGCCGUCCCGUUAACACCAGCAUUUGCUUUUUCCUUGACAAUUCCUGAUCUGUCAUGCCCCCCCGCCCCCCGCCAGCUGUUUGUUUGACAUGUUACUAUUUUGAUUGGGGCGGGAAAAUUGCUUAUACACAAAGCAAGUUUUAUUAGCACCACUCUCUCCUCUUUUUUUUUUUUUUUUUGAGAGCUUUUUUUUUUCCCGGGUUACAGAGGAGAGAGGUUCUGUGGCUCUUCCCCCCGCCCCAGGCAGUGUCUGCAAUAUACAGAGACUUCCAGCAAUUAUCACUGUUGAUUUUUUUUACCUUGAGGGUAGUGCUUUGCUGACAGGUAUCUUUCAGCUGGAGCAGAAGAUAAUUUUAUCUAACAAAUAUCCAAAAUAUCUGACCUUAGAAAUCAAUCUGUAUAAUUCACCCAGAAUCCAUCUCAUUUUUCUGUGAUAUAUUUAAAGUUGCUUUCAAAGGGUGAUGCUUUUUGACCUGGGCUGAAAGGCUUCAAAUGGAAAAAAACCACAAAGUUGGCAAAGAGCUUAUUUCAAAAAGCAUUAAAAAUGAAAGCACCUUUGUAGAAAUUCAGCUUUAUAAAAAAAAAAAAAAAAAGUCUUAUUUCAUUGUAAUUCCUAAAUUAGAGUAGAAGCAUUUAGUCUUGCAUUUAAGAUUUCAUUGGCAACCUAAAAAAAAUCAGUUACUUUGCGAAAGCAGAAGUUUCUCCUCUUUGAAUGAUACAGCACAAAUGGGCUGACUAGAACACAAAACAUUACCUUCUAAUUUAAAAGGCAAUUCCUGUUUCAAUAGCAUGUUAAAUAGUACGUGAAUUUUUCAAGUUAGUUAUAACUGCUUCCAUCUUUCCUUUAAUUCAUCUAAUGAAGUCUGCAGCGCUUUCUGACCUAACGUUAGGUGUAUUUUGAUUUGGCACAAAGCAUAUACAAUGAUGGUUACUCACCUAAGAAAUAAGCAAAAACCUUUGGACACAAAUGACACCUCCUUUUGUUUUGUAGUGUACCAUGGUGUCAUUUUCUGUGAAUGUGGUCAGAUCUUUUUGUUGGUUUUGGUUUGUUUCUCCCCCCGUCUUUUUUGUGGGGUGGGUAGGGUGGGGGGUUAAAGCCAUAGGAAGAAAAAUGUGAUGUAUGUGUCCAGUCUGUACUUUUUUGUUUUUGUUUUGCAAGAAGAGUUGAAAAAUAUUUUUGAUAAUGAGUAAAUGGUGGAAAAUGCUUCUUAGUAUUCUUGUCUUUAUUUGCCAACCCAAGUACCUAAGAUCUGUGUUUUUUAGCCCUCAUAAGAUUUAAUGAUGUCCUAUUAAAAUGUAUUUAGUUAAACUUGUAUGUGAUUUUUGUGUUGACCCAAGAGGAUCCUACCAUUUUCUGACAUGGUGGUUUGAUCGUGACCUACUGAUGUAAAUCUGUUUAUUAGUCCGCUACGUGUAAGAAAAGUAGCCAAACCAGAGUCUGGUUUAAGGGGAGUGAGAUGUGCAGCAUGGGUUGUUUCUAAAUGCUUUUGCAGAGCUGUUAAGUUUUGCUGGGAUUGUUGAUGGUACAUUUACUAGGACUUGUAUUACAUUAUAUACGUAGUACCUUUGCUCCACAAAUGUGGGAGGACUUGGAAUCUUCAAUUUCUCACUGCUGCAUUGAAUAUGGUACCAAAAUCUGGUGGUUUAGGUCGAGUGUGUUUGGAACCGUUGACAGGAGAGCCCUGAUCGUUACUGUAAAAGUGCAAAUGGUAGAUUCAGGUUGUUUCUAAAAACAUUUCCUUUUAUGCUGCCACGUUCUUGAAAUGUAUAUUAAAAUUCUAAUUGAUUUAAUAAAUGUUAGUUUUCUAAUUCUAUUUUGCAACUGCUAAGGGCAUCAGUGUGGCAUAUGUUGAACUUAUUGUCUAAAUACUACUUAGUCUGUUGAUGACUAAUUCUGUAAUUGUUUAAAUUAGGGCUUGUUUGGUUUGCUUUUUCUUUUAAACCUCCUGGCUAGUAGUUGUUGAAUAAGCUGAAUGAUGGAAAGGAUCAUAAUGUUUCUGAAAAGAAUUGCAGUGGUUCUAGUUUGAAAAGCUUUAGUUUCCAUUUUACAGUGACCUUACAGCGUGGUGUUUGGGGACCUUCCCACUGUUGCUUGUUGUGAAAAGGAGUUAAGUGAAAACUCCGUCCAGCAUAAUCCAUGGCAAGGCCUCGCUCCCUGUUGGCCAUAUGUGGAGAAGCACUGGGGAAUCACUGACGGAGAGCAGUUGCAGUGAUAAUUUUAGCUCUAGCUUAGCCUGUCUGGCCUGGGCUGGCGGGAUUUCCCCUGUUGCUGCCGACCUGGCGUUCCUGCUGUGGUGCUGUUGAUGAGGAGAACUUUCUCAGUGCUGGCACAGAGGAGGCUGCUUGGGGGUUUCUUUUCAUAUAGGAAGGGUGUGAUACUUCAGCUUUCUUCCCAGUCCGCCUCAGGAAGUGAUAACUUUCAAACUUUAAUAAAAUUCUGUCAUUUGUAGAGCUGGAUUGGAAGGAAAAAGCAGCAAAUGUCUUCCUAUUGCAGUCUUCCUGCCUGGAAAUGUCUUGAAGAGAUGGAAAGAACAGAGCUUCUUCUGGAAGGGGCAGACUUUUGAUCAUUUUUGAUGUGUACCAGUACAAAACUAGCCUAGUGCUUCUGGUCAUCUCAAUCCAAACAUAUGAAGGACACUCCUUCAAGAAAGAGAAAACAUUUAAACUUUCAUUUCAAAUGGAAAGGCUCUUUCCAUGUAUCAUGCAUCACUGAAAUCACUCGGUUGGAAUUAAACGCUGGAGGGAGGAGGGGAAGGGAAGUGAAACUGGAAACAAACACUUGGUUUGUGUUGACUUGGCUGCUCUCAUAGCAGUUCAUUCGUGCAGGUGAUGUUCUUGUUCUCUCACCUGUCCACCCCCAACAUACAGUACCUGGGAACAGUGGGGUCACUGCAGGCUCUUCUGUUACUGUUGAACUCCCUGCAGAAGUUCUUGUGCACGCACACGAAUUUGAAAACACUACCAUAAACGGAGGAGGCAGGUAACAGAUGCUGUCUUCUGCAGCUGCUUCAAUUUGUGUCAUUGUGGAGUUUCUGUGUACAUAAGGUGAGGGUGACACCCCCCCCCCCGCAAGUACCAUCAAAUUUUGAAUUGUCAGAAAAGAACCUUGUAGAGUUGCAAUGUACCAGCAGUCUGAAAUAAAACCUGAAAAUCCUGCUUUCAAAGGCAAGUACUUCUAGCACAGCAAGAAGCUUGUUGUUCAGUGAAACUGAUGGACUUUGAAGAAAAAGAUAUACAGAUGUGGCACAUGAAUCUUGCAAAGAAAUCUGGUGUGAUCCAGACUAAAAGCAUCUCUUUACUGGAUGUAAGCACACACCCCAGUCAUUUUUUAUGUAUUAUUUUUUUAUACAAAUUAUAUUUGCAGUAAAAACUUGAAUUGUUAACAGAAACUUUCCUGAGGAGUGAAACAACAAAAAAGAGCAGCUUUGUAUACGUUAGAAUAUCUUCAGAUGUAUGCGGCACAGCUGAUGAAAUUCACUCUGAAAGCUGUAAUACUUCUUAUAGUACUGAUAAUGUUGCAAGCACAUCUUCUUUGUCCGGUCUUAACUAUUCCAUUUUUAGAAUUGAAGUGCAUUUGGUAUUUUCAAGGAAACCAGAGGUCCCUACUGAAAAGUGUGCAAUACACAGAUAUCCAUGGGAAGAACGCUGAGCUGCCAGUCUCACGGAUGAAGUCAUAAGAUAACGCAGCAAUUCUGCUUAAGCAUUUGCAUAUAAAAAAAUCAAAGUUUUUUUGUUUUUCCUUCUUUCCAUGCCACUUGCCGAGGAUCCAGGAGAUGUCUGUUUUAAGGAGAGAUUAAAAUGAGGGACUUCAGAAUUUCGGUAAGUCAGCACAGGGAUGGUGCUCCACGUUGAGGAGGAUGUGAGGAAGGUAAGUGCUAGGAUGGCUUCUUUCCACAGUAUUUUAUAGAAGAAAGCCUAGCCUUUUGGUUUUGGUAGGCUUGCUGACAGGUAACUGGACGUUGUGAGCUCAGUAGCAAUAGGGAAGACAAUUUUGGGACAGCAGCUGGAGAUUAAGUGGAAAAAAAAACUAGUCUAUGCCACUACCAUGAGACAGGUUUUACUUCUUCAAUUCAGAAGUCCUUUAUUUGCCAAAAAGAAAAAGAAAUUACAAAGUAAAAAUACAAGGAUAAAACCAUGCCAGCACAAAAUGUCUCCACACUAUUUUUACAAAGUAUGAGAACCUUUAUUAUUUAAAUAUUCAGUUUCUAAAACCAUCACCCAUAUACCAUCACAAGAUUAAAAGGGUAAGCAUCGUUUACAUGUUUUUAUUACAGCAGCUCAUGCUCUUCACUGAGGUUCAUUUUUAAUUGCAUAGACCUAGGUUACUGUGAUUUAGAAGCGCCAUACUCCAGAAGUACACACCGUUAAAAUGACACUUCAGUGACCUCUUUUUUUCUUUUGGUCUUCCAGGCGUAUUUCAGAAACUAAACACAGUACCUUGGUUGGCGUAUCUCAAGUCAGCUUUCUUAAAUUCUUAGCUCACAAAAGCAGGAAGGUUUUCUGCCAUGUUUUCUGUAAACCUGAGACUGACUGGAAUUUCUUUUUGCUGUCCGUGUCUGUUUUGCAACACUGCCGCUUGGUGGCAGACCAGCAGAAGGGGAACUAUGCCAGCGCCUGGGCUUUGCAGACAAAAACUGUAGUGAAGGAAUUACUACUGAGAUUUUGGAAAAAAAAAAGAAAAAAAGUCAAGCUAGUACCAUUUGAGCAGUAAUUGCAUGUGGUUGUAUCAAACCGCAUCUCCUGUCUUAGUACUGCGGAGAGAGAGUAUUUGUGAAUAUAAAAAUAAUAAGUGAGGUUUUCUGUAAGGACACAGUGUAUUUUUGCUAGAUAAAAUCAGACUAGAGCUAACAAAUAAAGAUGUAUUCUUUUAUCAUGCAAAACUGAAUUUUACUAAUUUUUCUGACUAUAGGGAAAAAGGAAUCCAGCUCAUAAUAGACUUCUGAGAUAGACUUCCAACGAAAAAUACAAGAUCUGUCUUUAAAAGUAUGCAACAUCUAAAGUGGCACUGACAGUUGCAGACAGGAGGUGAAGUCAAAAUAAGUGGGUUCCUACAAGUCUUUUGUGCUAUAAUUCUUGGGUUGCUUUAUUUUAGAGAGCUUUGUAGCCUCUGAAACGCGUGUGUUGCAGCUGAAUAGAUUGGUGUCUGUAUUGGCAAACAUCCUGGUCUUUUUAUAUUUUGACUAUCCCAGAAAGGGAAACUCUGAAAGUAUGACAGGAGUUCCCAAAUUUACUAUGCUUAUAUACUGCAGCUUUAGAAACCUUCCAUCUGGAGAAGCUAUGAGCAGGGCGAAGUUGCAAGUCGGAUGUAGAAUGUGUCAUUUAUCAAUUGAUCUGUGGUUGCUGAGUUACGAUUAUUUGUACGUGUAUUUGCUCAGGUACAAGAGAGAGACUGGAUUUCUACUCCAGAAGGAAAUACUACAAACUACUGCAUAUUUUGCUUUGAGAUCAUAGUAGUGGUGGUUUCUGUAACUUGUCCUUGUAUGUGAGGCAAAACAUUUGCUGUAAGGUUGUUUGUUUUUAAUUUAUUAUUAUUAUUAUUAUUCCCUCAAUUAGCUUUGUUGUGUUGCCCUGCUAGAAAAGCAUGAAUUAGGUUUGAAUCACUCUACUUUGUCAGAGAAGCAGUUAAAGUAACACGAAGGUUCAAUUUCAGCCCAGAAUGGGUUAUGUUCUUGUUCCGUUGAGUAAUCUUUGUCUUUGGAAAGAUUGCAAAUUUCAUCAAACUAUGAGUUAUGGGCCACUAAACCCCGAUACUGAAGAAAAGAGUUGCAAUGCUUUGCCUUGGUUCUUUCAGGUGAAAAGUGGACAGAGCUGGUUACACUUGGCAGUUGUGCAACUUUCAUCCUAUGUACAUUUCUGCAGUCAUUCCUAGUUUUUUCUGCAUUUGUGUCUUUGUGGAGUCUUUCCCAGUAAAGCUUUUCCUCUCUGGGUUAUAGCGAUAAUGGAGAUGUAACUCAAACAUCCUGAUGUUGAGCAGAGUGUCUUCUUGUGCUCUUGCUCUUGUGUGCUUGUUGCAUUCAAGGAGGCAUUUAAGGGGCUUAUCCAUUAAGGGGCUUGGUCAGAGUGGUGUCUCUCCCCUCACCCCCCCUUAAAUCUUCUACUGUAGAAUGCAAGAUACCUGUAAGUGCCUUUGCUAAGAACCUGGGCAUCCAGAGUUUCCCAAAUAUAUGAAAAAAAUGUAUGCAUCCCAGGAUCCUGGAUUUUUCCAUAUA